AUGAUCCGGGGGUUUGUAUACUCAGGCUCUUCCGCAAUACCACCUGCACCUGCACGGCGGAAGUUGCUCCCCAUGAUGGUAUGCAACUUGCUCAAGUUCUAUUUUACCCGCGCUGCCCAACCUGAGCCCGGAGCCAUUUUACGGCUUGGGUGCCGGGACUGGAUAAGCCAAGUCUUCAUCCGCUUGCAUGCUACUGGUUUGAUAGCAUGGGAGGUUUCUGGCAUCGGCGGUCACGAGCAGCCAACAAGGAAAAUUGACGAGAGGACUUCCCAGCAUAUGCUUCCUACGCAAAGUUGCAUACCCAUAGACUGGCUCGCCGCUCGUGGCGUUGGCUUCCACAACAUCAUCGGAAAGGCUUAUGAUUACGACAGGGCUUUUGACAUUGUCUGGUACAGACCAAUGAACCUGAGAUACGGCUUGUAUGAUGGCGGGUUUAUCCGGUUUGCGGGGUCGCAAGGGCUGACUUUGGCCGGUGUCACCCAUACCUUGCCGUAUUGUUAG